UGUCGGUGCCGUCUCCGCGCUCCCGCUGGAGUAGCGAAAAGCUGAACCGUCUCCUUCCAGGAAUCGACUAAAAAGAACAAAAUGUGGAGCAGAUGAGCGGCUGUUUGUAACCGAGCUCGGACAAUCAUCCGACCCUGAUUGGACUCUUCGCCUCUCGUCGAGUCGCUGCCUGCAGCCGCUGAGGCAGCCGGAGUCGCCAUGGAGACGGUGGUGAUCGUGGCCAUCGGGGUGCUGGCCACCAUCUUCCUGGCCUCCUUCAUUGCCCUGGUGAUGGUGUGCAGACACCGAUACUGCCACCCCCACGACCUGCUGCACCACUUCGACUCCAAACCCACAGUGGAUCUGAUCGGAGCCAUGGAGACCCAGAGCGAGCCGUCGGAGCUGGAGCUGGACGACGUUGUCAUCACUAACCCUCACAUCGAAGCCAUCCUGGAGAACGAGGACUGGAUCGAGGACGCCUCUGGUUUGGUCUCUCACUGCAUCUCCAUCCUGAAGAUCUGCCACACUUUGACCGAAAAGCUGGUUGCCAUGACGAUGGGCUCGGGGGCAAAAGUCAAAGCGCCGGCCAGUCUGAGUGACAUCAUCACCGUGGCCAAACGCAUCAGCCCGAGGGUGGACGACGUCGUCCGCUCCAUGUACCCUCCUCUGGAUCCCAUCCUCCUGGACGCCAGGGCCACUGCUCUGCUGCUCUCAGUCAGCCACCUGGUGCUGGUCACCCGCAACGCCUGUCACAUGUCGGGCAGCCUGGACUGGAUCGACCAGUCGCUCCACGCAGCAGAGGAUCACAUGGUGGUUUUACGCGAGGCGGCGCUGGCCUCCGAACCGGAUCGAAGCAUGCCCGGGCUGGACGCUCAGCGAGAACAAGCCAUCUAAAGCAGACACAGAGAAACAAACAGCAGCAGCGGGACGGGAAAGUGUGCCGGUUUUAUCCUCAAGCUGCCUCUUUUCAAACGGGCACAUUUUCCAUCACCAGAGCCAAAUUAACACGGACACUCGUGAGCAGUAAACUGGCAUCACUGAUCUCACAUUAAAAACAAAACAAAAGUCCUUUUUUAAAAUCAUAUUUCCACCCAGAAAUGCUGGAGAUAGUUUUACUUUCACUGCAGCCUCACGUUCACAUAUAGGUGUUUGGGUUUUUUUCCCCCUGCAGCCUGAAAGCAGAUCUUUUUGGAAAUUUCUUCUCCAGUGUGCCAUCACCCAGCAGUGGGCCUAAAUCCAGUCUAACCAGCACCGCGCAGUCACAUGGAGGCUUAGUCAGCUAAUCCAUUCUGAGGAAAAUAACACCCAUUAGUCAGUGAACCCAAAGGGGCUCCAGCUCAGUGGACCAGUGGAAGACUAACCUGACUUAUUCACAAUUUGUGGGACCAGCGUGACUCGUGGACGGUAGAAAAAAAACCUCCCUCAGAUGCUCUUACGCCGUUAGAAAUCGCUGGUCUGUGAGAUUUUAUAGACCAGCAGAGGUAGUUUUAGCCACAUCAGCAUCAGAGUAAAAGGAUUUUCCAGUUAGGUGAAGCACUUCUGCUCUCUGGUUUCUCCCCAGCAGCAGCAGCAUCAUUUGAAGAAUGUGAUUUUAGAGUUUACAGAUCAAAAUAUCUCAACACCUCAUGUAGUCGAUGGAUUAGCACAAAAUCACGCAUAGACAUUCACGAGACAUUCUGAGGUUCGCAUGUGUCUCAACAACUCGGAUUGCCGUAAAAAUCUGGUACAGGAUGAUUUACAGUAUCAGAUAAAUUAAAGUCCCUCUCCGCUCUGUGAUUUAAGCCCCAAGAACUCAACUCCACAUUCUUCUGAAGGAGAAAAGCGAGUUUGUUUGAGAUCAACUGUGCCGGAAAAUUGGACAGCGGCAGGUUUCCACCAGCCUCUGGUCAGUACAGAAAGUUACAGAAACACACAGAUUUUUUUUAAAAAACGUCAUCACACAAAAAUCAGUUUAUACGCAGUCUCUGACGCAGCACCGUUAAAAUGCUGUAUUCUGUGAUCGAUAGUCACGGUUCUACCUCUGUUUUGCAUCAGCUCUAAUGGAAAUCAGCAUCCUAUUCCCUCCCAAACUACAUAAACAAUCUGAAAACACUAAUGACUAAUCAAAUACAGAUGAAAGUCAUACAAGAUAACAGUUUUCACCAUCAGUCUGUCGAGGUUGAAACAUUUCUACGAGGUUUGGAGUUGCUUCAAGCGUUAAAUCAGUGCAGUGUUAACAUACAAUAGACUGGAGCUGUGAUAUACUGUAUGCACUUUAAGAUGUGUAAUCUGACUGAUAAACGUCACAUCAACCACACAACACGUUUUCUGUUACCAAAACCAAAUUAAACCAUCACGUUUACCAAAUGAAAAUCAGAAUCAUAAAAUCUAAAUCUUUCAAAAGGGUAGUUUCAUGUCAAAUCAUUAGGAGCCUUCUGCUCCACCGUCUCGGAUUUCUUGGAACUUCUUUUUAAUCAUGAACUAAAAAUAUUUAAAGUGGUAACUGUGAAAUGUUAGAUUAUGUCAAGUACUUUCCAAAAUAACUAAAAAGAAUUUUAAAAAUGCCCAUCAACCCACUUUCAGCACGUUUUUCGCUCAAGUUGUCAUGAAAAGUCUCAUCUUUGAGCUCCUAUUAACAAAUAUGCUGAUAAUGCAGAAGUGAUCUAGGGAUAUUUUCUGAACAUAUGUAGUUGCAUGUCACAGUAAUAAAAUCUUCAGUAGUUCUUGAGAUAUUAUCAUCAAACAGCCUCAAAUUUCAAUGUGCAAAAAAAAAAAAUGUGCUGAAUCGGGUCGUCAGGCAACUUUUUGAAAAAAAUUCUGACAAACUAUUUGAUAAAUCAAUCAAAAAUGUACCAACCAUCUUUAUAAACGCUGUUUUAUGUUCAGACAAGUCAGAGAUGUCUGAGCAGAAACUGGGAGGACAUUUGCUUUGCAGGCCUUCCAAUCACUGCAGCACAACUACGGCUAUAAAAAGCUGCAGUGGCAUCGAUCUCAUGACGUUAUCAUUGCUGAUGUCAGAGCGAAACAGCCUGUAAGAAAGAAAAAAUAACACCAUAUGUACAUGUUAACCAGGUAAAUUUCACUGGAGAGGGUCUUUAAUUUGUCCAAAACUUUGGUUUAUGACUAAAUUCCUGCCAAACUAAUGACACAUCAGCUGUACUGUGAUGGUCAGUGCAAGAAACAAUGACUGCAAAGAAAAAAACUUCACCUGUAGCUGCCGUUUCUAUCAUCGUGCAACUAGAAAAAAAGGAAAAUACACAAAUAUGAAAGCAGACCAAGAAUUUUACAGACGUCACCGUGAGCUCAGUGGUACAAGUGUUACACAGAUGGGUUUUCCGUUCAGAGAUGUCGAAGCGUUCUUAUUCAGAGAUACAGUACGUCUUUGUGUGUCGUGAGCAUUACCUGAAGCAUGCGCUGAUUGAGGUGAAACAGAAUUAACGUGUUGUUCUGGGCCAGAGGGAUGUUAUUGGAGCAUGUCUACCAGGUCCUUCAUGCAUAGCUAAUAGUGAAUCCCCAAGGAGCCCUAAUAAGGCAUCAACACGUCGACCUCGGCUGCAGCAACACACAUGGCGUCAAGCACAAGUGAACACACGAUUGUA